AUGCAAACCGACCCUCCCGCUGACACGCCCUUUGAAGACGGCACAUUCAGACUGGUCAUGCAUUUCGAGGAGCAGUACCCCAACAAGCCUCCGGGCGUCAAGUUCAUCAGCACCAUGUUCCAUCCCAAUGUCUACGCCACAGGCGAACUGUGUUUAGACAUCCUGCAGAACCGUUGGAGCCCUACAUACGAUGUCGCCGCCAUCCUGACCAGUAUCCAAAGUCUUCUCAACGACCCCAACACCAGCUCGCCUGCCAACGUCGAGGCAUCGAAUCUGUACAAGGAUAACCGCAAGGAGUACUACAAGCGUGUGCGCGAGACGGUCGAGAAGAGCUGGGAAGAUUGA